AUUAGCUCCAGGUAGGUAGCAAUAUUCACACCUGGGCUAUCGGCAGCGCUCACGUGACCGGGACAUGCUCACACUUCGGGGAGCUAUCUUUAAAUAGGCUACUAUAUAAGUCGGCAACGGUUGUUUACGGUCAUCAAAGCUCAUCGAAUACAGUUUCAGAUCACACCAUAUCACCAGAAAGCAUUGAUACCAGAACGAUUGAAGGAGGAGCGUGUGUGUCUCUGUACAAAUAUUGAAGUUCAGUCCUGAGAAGGAAAACGUGAAAUCCAUCUUGCAUGACCUCCUGAAGACAAUUGCAAGAUAUUUUGCAGUGAAGAAAGCCUUACUUGGACUUAUUGUGAAUUAUAGGAAGAACGAUCAUAGUCCAAAGUGUAUUUUGUCCCCGAAUACAAGCGAUAAUCAUAACAUGUGAAAGAUACACAACCUGGAAACGUUCUCAAGGUGACAAAUAAUCUUUUCAACAGCCACAACUCAGUUUCUGAAGAGGCGAUACAUGGCAAUACUUUACCUCCUGUCAUUUCUUGUAUUUCAUGCAUCAUAUGUAAACGGUGGACAAGGCAGCUGUGAAGUAACAUGGCUAGAAAACUGUCCUAACAGGAUUGUAUACACAAUCGAAGAAAAGAUUGCCAAUGAAGGACUAUCUCUGACACUUUCUAGUAGUCUACACGGAAAAUCAGAAACUGUUGCUGUGCUUGCUUUUGUGGGAUUUUACAAGUGUAAUCCAGCAUAUGGUUACACAUGUAAGACUGAAGAUAACAUCUCUUUCAUUAUCACCACGCCUUGUAUACCUGGAAUAAAGUUUACCAUUUCAGUCGAUGGAGGAUCAUCCACUCCGUGCACAGAAAAAGUAGAAUUACCCAACAGACUACUAACUCCAGUAAAAAAUGAUACUUCAUGUCAAGAGGGCAAACCAGAAGGCGAUUCUCUCGAUACAAACAAACAUCGCAAUAAAAGAAGUGCUGGUGUUGAGUGUCUUGAAGAUUCGCCUUCAGAAGAGGAAGAUGUGAUUGGUAAAGCUGUUGGAAUUAGCAUUGCGGUUGGCUUACUUGUAGCUGCUGUCAUUGUUGCUGUUAUUUAUUUCUGCAGAAAACGUGUAAAGGAAGCUAAUCCUGAAGCUAGCACUGAGUUACAAGAUGAGAAAAACAAAUUUUUACCUGGAGACAAGAGUCAAAAGAAUGAAGCAGAAGAGGCAGAGGGUUCAGGUCCAUGAGCUAGAGGAUGGCCAGCGUGUCGUGCUACAGUCGGAGACGAUCUCGUUCACCACACGUUCAAGUUUUCAGCCCAUGAAGAUGAUCCCAUGUCCACUACUGAGGUUCUCAAGGCGACCGGCAUUGUUUUUACUUGAUAUUGUAAUCUUAUACACAACCUGCUUUCGUGCUGUGUGUCGGAACUGAACAACCAGAGAAAAAGCUGCUUAACACGCGGCUUGGAAGCAUCUUAAGACAGAGGCACUCUCUUCAUAAGUGUAUUUUAGUUCCCCACGAUUGUAAGAAAUAAUCAUGCAAAUUUACUAUAGUAUCGUUGUGAAAUUAUUUAGAAAAAGUGUAUCCAUUAGUGAAUUCGUCAAAUAAUCAUACAUCCACACCCACAGAGCUUUUAAAUUGUAUACCACAUAUCAGUUUGUUAUGUCAGGGGUAGCUUUCUUGCUUGAGUCCAAUCCGAAAGUAUGUAUGUGUGUGUAGGGUAGGGGAGACAUGGAGUGAAGCCAAAUAUCUUACUGAUCAAUUUUAGAUGGUUUAAUGCAUAGCUAGGAAUUUAAUAUGAUUUCAAGUACAGCCACCUUAUUUAUUUUUACAUCUAUCUGUCGAUUACUGCCUAUAAAACGCAAAUAUGUUCUGGACUGUUACACUAUCUAGUUAUUACGGCUUAAGCCUUUAACAAGUGAUGAUAAACAAGUAUUUCAUUGAAACCGGAGGUGAAAAGAAAGAUACACCAAGGUUCCUGAUUAUACUGAUAUUGUCCAGAGAAAAAAGGCCUAGGCCAGUAAAGCGAGUUGGUAGUCGAUUGUGAGAUCUUUCGGGUCAAAGUUAUUUAAAGCGAGAACAGACAUGAAGGACAUAUUACUGAUUUUGCAAUGCGUUGGUAUUCGUGUGUUUGUGUGUGUUAGAAAGAGCGCUUUCGAGAAAGAGAAAAAUAGAAAGAAUAGGAGUUUAUGUAAUUAUCAAUGGUUUGGUUAGAGGAAAUCAAUGAACAAAUUGGGAUGAUUAUUGUUUUUGUUAAAAGGCCUUCUCAACUUUUACACCACUUGUUCUAAUACCCCAAUCCUUCGGUCUGUGUUUCACGGGUGGACGGUUUUCUAAUCAGUUGAUCUUGCUUCUAAAUGUGCACCCUACUACUGUACAUGCAUGCACUAAUUAUUUUCUUUGAUUUUUAAAAAAAAUAUAUUUCAACGCUGAAUUGAAUUGGAGAUUUCUUUGUUUGCUUUGGCAUUGUCGGUCCUGGGACUUAUUGUUUCCAGUCAUGGUCCUUAAGCAACAGAUAUUUAAUGUGAGUGCAAAGUUUGUUGAACAGACUGGCAAAGUAUUCACGGUGUUUUUUUUUCAGCUAUAUACAGUUCAAUCUUAAUAAGUUAAAUUCAGUUGACCAAAACUCUUUAAUUUGUUGGUUCGAAUGGAUUGUUCUUUCCAUUUCCAAAUUACUUCGCUCUGAUACCUACUGUGUUGAGGUAGAUCGGAGAAGGAUUUCUUGUUAUUCCUAUGUUUGGUCACGACUGUACCCUUACCAGAGCUGUUUUGAACAAGCUGUGCUAGCCUUUGAUCAUAUCACUAUAUAAUGAUACAUAUCAUUUGUGUUUAUUGCCAGUAGUUUUGGUGAUAACAGCUUUGAGUUGUAUAUGAUGGAUACAAAAUCACACGUAUCUACACACAACUUGCAACAUGUUUACUUUUGAGACCCUGUAUAGCCUAUUAUAUACAGUGUAUG